UCCGCGGCGCGUGUAGACGCAGCCGGCCGCACGUGACCAUGUGAACUACCUGCCCGGCGGACGCCUUAUUGUCCUUCCCGGCGGCCACGCCACAAAGGAGCGCGGAGGGCAGGGCGGCCGGGCCGGGCCGGGCGAGCGGCGGGAGCCGACGGCGCGCUAAGAUGGCUGCGGGCGCCCGGCGGCGGUGAGCGCGGGGCCGGCCGGCCGGCGAGUCCUCUCCUCGCCUCUCCUCAGGGCGGGUGGACGGACGGGCAGGGCCCGCGGAGCCUCCCCGCCUCCCUCCCUGGGUCCCUCCCUCCCUCCGUCCGUCCGUCCGUCCGUCCGUGCGUCCGUCCGUGCGUCCCCGCCGCUCCGUGCUCACCUCCCGGCCCGGCCAGCAUGGCGUUCGCGCUGGAGGAGACGCUCGAGUCCGACUGGGUGGCCGUGCGGCCGCAUGUGUUCGACGAGCGCGAGAAGCACAAGUUCGCGUUCAUCGUGGCCUGGAACGAGAUCGAGGGCAAGUUCGCCAUCACCUGCCACAACCGGACGGCGCAGAGGCAGAGGAGCGGCUCGCGGGAGGCGGCGGCGCAGGCGGCGCAGGCGGCGGGGGGAUCCGGCAGCCCCGCGGGCAGAGCCCGAGCCGCCGAGCCCGCCACCGCCGCCACCACCGUCCCCGCCGAGUCGUCCGCGCUGGGCCGCGGCGGCCCCGGAACCCGCAGGGGCCCGGCCUGGGCGGAAGGCGGCUCCCCCCGGAGCGCGCGCGGACCACGGGGAGACCCGCCGCCGCCGCCGCGGAGCCCGCCGGGUAAAGGCGCCGAGAGUCCCGGCCGCGGCCCGGCGCGGAGGGCGGCCCGGGGCAGAGACGCGGCGGCGGCGGGGGGCUCCGUGCGGGUGCUGAGCGCCGGCGGGGCGGCGGCGGAGGACCUGGAGGUGCUCGCGCCCCGCAGCCCCGCGGACGCCGGCGAGCCCGACGAGUGCAGCUGGGCCGGGCUGUUCUCCUUCCAGGACCUGCGCGCCGUGCACCAGCAGCUGUGCGCCGUCAACUCGCAGCUGGAGCCGUGCCUGCCCGCCUUCCCCGAGGAGCCGUCGGCCAUGUGGAGCGUGCUGUUCGGGGGCGGCCCCGACAUGACGGAGCCGGAGGCGGACGCGCUGUGCUACCAGCUGCAGGUCUACCUGGGCCACGGCCUGGACACGUGCGGCUGGAAGAUCCUGUCGCAGGUGCUGUUCACCGAGCCCGACGACCCCGAGGAGUACUACGAGAGCCUGAGCGAGCUGCGGCACAAGGGCUACGAGGAGGUGCUGCAGCGCGCCCGCAGGCGCAUCCAGGAGCUCUUAGAUAAGCACAAGAAUACAGAGAGCAUGGUGGAGCUACUGGACUUGUAUCAGAUGGAGGAUGAAGCCUACAGCAGCCUCGCAGAAGCCACAACUGAACUGUAUCAGUAUUUACUACAGCCGUUCCGGGACAUGCGAGAACUCGCCAUGCUAAGGAGACAGCAAAUCAAGAUUUCCAUGGAGAAUGAUUAUCUGGGUCCCCGAAGGAUUGAAAGUCUUCAGAAAGAAGAUGCCGACUGGCAGCGGAAGGCUCACCUGGCAGUGCUGUCCAUUCAGGAUCUCACCGUCAAAUACUUCGAAAUAACAGCGAAAGCUCAAAAAGCUGUGUAUGACAGAAUGCGAGCAGACCAGAAGAAGUUUGGUAAAGCGUCCUGGGCAGCAGCGGCCGAACGAAUGGAGAAGCUGCAGUAUGCCGUUUCCAAGGAGACGCUGCAGAUGAUGCGAGCUAAGGAGAUCUGUCUGGAGCAGAGGAAGCACGCGCUCAAAGAGGAGAUGCAGAGUUUACAGGGAGGUACGGAAGCCAUAGCCCAGCUGGAUCAGCUAGAAGCUGAUUAUUAUGAUCUGCAGCUUCAGUUAUAUGAAGUGCAGUUUGAAAUCUUGAAGUGCGAAGAGUUACUGUUGACAGCACAAUUGGAAAGCAUCAAAAGACUCAUAUCAGAGAAGAGAGAUGAAGUGGUCUAUUAUGACACCUACGAAAGCAUGGAGGCCAUGCUGGAGAAGGAGGCGAUGGCGGCGUCUAUGCAUCUCCAAAGAGAAGAGCUACAGAAACUGCAGCAGAAGGCUCGCCAGCUGGAAGCCAGACGUGGACGGGUUUCAGCCAAGAAAGCCUACCUCAGAAACAAAAAGGAAAUUUGUAUUGCAAAACACAAUGAGAAGUUCCAGGAGCGUCUGCGGAGUGAAGACGAAUACAGGAGCCAUCACACAGUACAACUAAAAAGAGAAAAAUUACAUGAUGAAGAAGAAAGAAGAAGUGCCUGGGUUAGCCAAGAAAGACAGAAAACACUGGAUAGACUUCGGACAUUUAAACAGAGGUACCCUGGCCAGGUCAUCCUGAAAUCAACCAGAUUACGCUUGGCUCAUGCCAGAAGAAGUGCGGCCAGUCCCGUGCCCUGCGAAGAGCAGUGCGGCCCUCCAGCAGGGGCGCCACAAGGGGAAGCAGAGGGUGAAGAGGCCGAGGAAGCCAGAGACAAGCUCGGGGCCUCACAGGCCGCGGACCCCCAGAGCGCUGCCCAGCCUGGGACCCCUGCAUCAGCUCAGCCGGAGGCCGCCUCCUUACCUCUCCGCGCCGGCGGUCCCUCUGAGCUGCCCCCCGCCUUCUCCCUUCCCCUUCUGAGCAAUAUUGACCUCGAAGCAAGUUCCCUUACGGUCGAUGCCCUCCUGGCACCUCCACCUCCAACACCCACCCCCCCUCCGCCGCCCCCGCCCCCGCCGCCCCCUCCUCCGCCGCCGCCGCCUGUCUCGGACAGGACUUCAGAGACGCUGGAGACGGGCCUGCCGGGAGAGGAGGGCAGUGAGAAGAGGAUCCCGAAGUCUGCAAGCGCCCCCUCGGCACACCUCUUCGACAGUAGCCAGCUGCUCAGUGCCAGGAAGAAGCUUAAGAAGACCGCUGAAGGCCUGCAGAGACGGAGAGUGAGCUCACCCAUGGAUGAGGUGCUGGCUUCCUUGAAGCGUGGUAGUUUUCAUUUGAAAAAGGUUGAACAGCGAACUCUGCCCCCUUUUCCUGAUGAAGACGACAGUAAUAAUAUUUUGGCACAGAUAAGGAAAGGGGUCAAGUUGAAGAAGGUACAGAAGGAAGUCUUGCGAGAAUCCUUCACCCUCCUGCCUGACACAGACCCUCUCACACGGAGUAUCCACGAAGCGCUUCGGAGAAUCAAAGAAGCCUCGCCGGAGUCCGAGGACGAAGAGGAGGCCUUGCCUUGCACAGACUGGGAAAACUAACAAGUGACUUAACAGGAGAAGACAAAGAUCCACAGUUGAAGAUGAACCGUUUCUCUUUUGCAAAUGAAAUUUCUAAGUGAUUGAUUCCACAGCUGGAUUCCAUUAGGUCCAUUGUACUGACUCAGUUCUGUGAAAAAGAUGAAGCACAAUUGGUCAGUGCCCACUGUUCAGCCAUCCCGACAGACAGUGACUGACAGGACGUUCACAUGUGCAAUGUUGAUGACUGCAGUGAAGAAAAGGACUUCAGAAAUCCCUGGGGUUGUUGUUGUGUGUUUGUUCCAUAACACCUGCCUCCUACCCACCCACUCACAUCCUCUUAGAGACCAGCUAAGGAGGGGUCACUGAGUAGGACGAUGGGGUGGCAGAGAUCUAUCCACUGUGAGCUGUUUGGGGCUGCUUGAAAUCCAUCUUUUCGGUGCACUGAAUACUCAUCUGCUUCAAAAUACAGAGCUUUCUGCAUAGCAGCUUAUAUGAAUAGUGCAAGCUAUGAAAAGGAAGUUUACCAUGGUAGCUUAGGACGGCAGUGGGGGGGAUCAGAAACGCACUGAAAACUCCCAUUCACUCAACAGCCUCUGGAAGGUCACUAAACGUGGAGGUGAACCUAUUUGUGUGUUACCCCCAUGGCACAUUUUUAGAAGACCACACUUUGUAAAGUUUCAAAGUAAAACUUUCCAUGCUUUUAAAUAAUCACUCAUCAUUGUGAAUUUCUAAUAGUUUGAAUUUCAUGUGCAGUUUUGUUUUAUGAAAAGCAAUACUUUGUAAUUUGAUAUUUCAAAUUAUUUUUUAGUCUUUGUUGGAAUUACUGCUUGAUUACUAUUAAAACACACCGUGACUUUCCUAUGAGAAUCAGAAAUCGGGGUUCAGUAAUAGGGAUGUAGAUUUUAAGUCUUUAUCAUGCACCAUUUAAGUUUUUAUUUGUAUGCUUCACAGUUUUUUAAAAAAAAAAUCACAGCGAGUAGGGGAAAAGAAACAGUGCUCCACUGAUUUGUAGAAAGUACACAGUGAAGCCUCCACGGCUGAUGAUUCACUGUCCUCACAGGAUUCGAGUGGAAUUCUGGGAGAGAAUUCUUGUCUUACAUCGUUAAAGCUUAAUCACAUGCAUGUAGCUCUCCUGCUGAUUUUACUGAAUGAGAAACCUAAGGAUGCGUUUUUAUGAAUGGAGUCACUACAGAUCCUUAUAGGACUGAAGGUACAUGUGUUGGGACCUAGUUUACAGUACUCUGAGUACUCUGCAGAACACAGUUCUGUGUGUGAUUGAUGGUGACUAACUAUGAAGGGGGUUAAGAACUUAAGUACCAAAAAGAACUUUGUACUGUGUUCAAGAAUUCCCUAGAACCAGGAAGCAGUCUCCGAGUAUAGAAACAGGUGUUCCUGGGGGUGUGGGCGGGAGUGGGGGAAUCCCUCUUUGUCACUUUAAAAUCAUUAUGGAAGAACUUUCUGGCAAUAGGUUAUAUAAAGCGAAAUCUGCACAAAUGUUGGGGGUGUGUUUAUUGAUGAAACUAGUCGCUUUGGCUCAGCUUUCCCACAGUGCAAUUGAUUCGAUUCUAACACUAUUCUCACAUGCUGUCUGAGAAUCAAUAGUAGAAUCACUAGAUGUCAUGUAUAAAAGGGACCUUUACUCCACAGCUGGGGUGCAUGAAGCAGCUGGGUUUUCCCCUAGACACCUUCAGGACAGUGUGCUUGUAACCCAAAGAGUGAUUGAUUUGAUUGUUAAUACAUUUGAAAUAUUUUUAAACAAAUUUACAAGCCUUAAGGAAAAGAUAGCAGUUUUAUGCUUCUGAUCCCUGCUGUUUGCUUUUUUCAUUUACUGACAUUUAGGAAACUAUAGGAGGUUCUAGUAUUAAAGUCAGAAGCACUCGUUUUUUUCCUUUGUAGUGCUGGGGAUUGACCCUCAGGCAUGAAAGCCACUUACAUAACUGUCACCUGUGUCCAGCCAGCCACUAGAGCUUCCCCUUGUCAGCAGGGAUCUGCUGCUGUUUUAGUGUGACCAUUAGAAUACCAUUAAAAACAGACUGACUUAGACAGCAGUCCUCUCAUCUUUUGAGCCAUGUUGUUUGAGUGAAUCUCUAGCAGAUAGUGGAAGGUGUACAGCAGGGCCCCGAAUCCUGGAGGUCCCGGAGGGGUGCAGCCACAGCUCUCAAUAGGACCACUCCAAGAUGCUCUCACAUCUGAACAUGAAGAAUUUUGCUUAGUUUUGGGGUGGAGGAGGUAGUUUGUUUUUUGUUUGUUUUGCGUACAAGCAACGCCUUGAUCGUAACCAUCUCUGCUCAUGUUCUGGGAAAUUUCUUUUUUUUUUUCCACCUCAAGAUUAAGGCUCCUUCCACAAUAUCACAGAUGACAGCAGCUUACCAUUGGUCUUUGAAGUCAUCACAAAUAAUGUUGAAAUUUCAAAUACCUACAGUCUCCUCUGUGAAGAUGAGGCUACCCAUUAGACCCGCCUGCCCAUUUGGAAAUAAUUUCAAAACUCAGCAGAAAUUGUAUGGGCAUGGUCAGAUUUCUUUUUUCGAGCGACUUUGUCCUUGUUAAUCUUGUUUGCGUUUAAUCGCCUCCGUAUUUGCAGAGUCCCACACUCCCGGUCCUAAGCUUGCCUUCACUAUGCAUAUGAUUUUAAAUAUUUGAUGGGUUGAGACAUAUUAGAUGGUUAUGUCUUGGUUAAUGUGUUUCUGUUUGAGGACUCAUAGAUUGAUCUCUGCUCGUUUUUUGCUGAAGCUGCUUAGAACCAUUACCAGCCUUGUCACAGUUCCAGCGCAUUUAAAAUGUGGCGACAGGGAGACGGUGACCAGUGGAUGUUCUGAGGUGAAUGCUCACACAUCACUGGAUUGUCAGCCUGCAGUAUUUCUCCUAAUACAGUCGGAAGUGUGUGCAUAUAACCAAAUGCACCGUGUACCAGAAAGCCUUUCCUGGUGACUACAAUCCCGGCCAUACUCUGGUAGAGCAGAAUGAGGGAAUGAAUGCCUGGCUUCAGAUUUGUAAGAGAUAACCAGUUGUCUUGCUGACUGGAUGUCCUAUUUUGUAGACAUACUAAGUUUGUGAGCAACUUAAAAAAAUUAGAUUUCUUAAUCUCUCAAUUGUGGAACUGAAACAUUUUUGUGAAAUGCAUUUUUAAAUGGACUCAGACACAGUUCUGAAAGUUGGUCAGGUGUCCUGUCGACAUCUCCAAGCGGGAAUAUGGGGCUUUUCUCAUGACAUGAACCAGAAGUUUCAGGAAAAACUUGUUUCCACAAAAUGUGUUCAAGUGUACAGCACACGUAUAGCCAUUGUAGAUGCCAAGAAUUACAGCUUUGAGUGCAGUGAGUGAAAUUCCAGAGAGCAGCAGGCUGUCUGAUUGGAGCCAGACCAGAGUAUAGGUAGCAGCAGCUUUAGUUGACAUAGUCCCUAAGAUGCCUCCCCUCCCCCCUUGCUUAUGGUGCGGGAGAUUGAACUUGGGACAUUGGAGCCUCAGGCUUGACAGUCCCUUUGCAUAACCAUUAUGCUAUCUACUCCUGUCCAUACUAUUUCAUUGUGAAGUUUUUAAGUCGGUACCUUAGUCUAAGGAAAGCUUUUAUCCUACCCCCAUUGAAUACAAAGGGUUUUUUACACCCUUGAAGUUCAUGAUCAUGCACUUAACAUCAGACAGCAAGCAGCAGAAAUACUCACGAGUCCUUAAAUUCCCUGUCAGGGAAUUAAUUUUACUUACGUAUUCAUGAGAAAGGUAGGAGAAAGAUAACACUCUGGUACGUGUGCUGCCGGGGAUUGAACUUGAGACCUCACGCUUGAGAGUCUAAUGCUUUAUCCACUGCGUCACCUCCCAGACCAUAGAAAUCGAAAGUCUUUAUACUUGUUCACCAAGUUGUGAAGCCUCUUUCGCAGCUAGAAAAAAAAUUUGUCUUAAUUGUGAUAGAUGCAUGGUGAAAAUUCUACUCAUUUGAUUGUGAGCGCUUCAGUCUUAAUGUUUUCCCUAACUCUCGGACUGUAUCUGAACUAUCACAUAAAGCUGAAUUUGCAUUUUAAACAGACUUCAUGUCCCACUUAAUUGCUCAGCAUAGAAGGACCCUGCUAAGUGUUAGGAGAUUGACAGGCGAGAUUUGUUUGAGAUGAGAGAGGGGAGAAAGGAGAUUCACCUUAAUGCCGGAGCUGUCGGGUUUAUUCAGUGGUUCGUCCGGACUUGGCUGCACAGUGCCCCUUACUCAAAGCUUAUAGAGAAGAGUCUCUGCUUGCUUAUGUGGAACAGGAGCUGUGGCAUUUGUUACCCUAUAGAUAUAAACUAAAAGUUGAAGGUGAGAGUCUGGGGAGGAGAGAGAUUGAUUGAUUUCUACACGCAGUCAUUCUUUUCUGCCCAGUGUGUAGCCUGACAUUUGAAAAUUUUAAUUGAUCAAGUUCCAAAUUACAGACCUUUCCUUCCCACUCCAAACACACUUGCUGUGUCACUGUAAGGUGCAUAUGUAGAAAAUACCUCGGAGGUUGAUUCGGUAAAUAUUUUUUUGGUGUUGUCUCACUUUAUUUUAAGUCAUCCUUUUGAGGAUUAGAGAACAGUUUGGCUUUUGCUUUGUUUCUCAGUCAGGUAUAACUAAAACUGGCUGAACUAGGGGACUUAACGGCGGAUAGAAAAGAUGGUGGAAAGUGAUUUUUAUCUACAUACAAGAUGUCUGGGUGUUUGAUCAAGGGAAGUGUGGGGUUUAUUUAACUUGCAAGUUCUAUGGUUUACUAUCUAAGAGAGUGACAAGCUAGUCUGGCUUUUCCCACCAUUAAUUAUAUCGGUUUCAAGAAAUCUCCAGGUGCAUAAGAUGGCACACUCCCUCCCCUGGUGAACCAAGAGGGGUAGACAGUGCCGCUCAUGCAGUGACCAACUCCUGACUUCAGCUUGGACAGAGCCCCCAGUGUCUCACCGAAUGAAUUCCCACUGUACUGUAGGUCUUGCUCCGUGUGAAGCUAUAAUACAUAGUUUAUUUUUAAAAGAUGGAAAGUUGAAGGCUACUAACCAUUUUGCAUGAAUAAAGCCCAUUCAGGCCAUCAAAACUGACACAUUUUUAAAGCCUUUCUGGUUAAGUGAACACUUUAAUGACAAACUGAUCCAACAUUCACUAGCUUUGUGCAAUAUUAUAAUGGUAGGAGUAAAACACUGGCACACUGUGCUUAGCUUUUAAGGAUCGGCUUUCACAAUGACACAGACAGUGUGCAUAGUGCAAUGUAAAUUCCAACGUUUGCAAAUUUACAACCCUUACAUAUGCUCAGUUAACAUUCUAAAGUAUUAAGAGUACAAAGAACUAAGCAAGCAUUUAUAGCAAUACUAUGACAUCUGCAGUUAUCGUUGUUCUGACUGUUGCCUUCUGCUCUUGCGAGUUUUCUGCGUUGUAAUCGUGUUGCUUUGUGCUUCAUGUUUCUUACACUCAUGACUUCAGAGUUAAGUCCGUGCACACCAUGUAUAGCAAUCACCUUUAUCUUCUUGAACAUGCAAUGUAACAACAUACAGUUUUGGUGCUUAACAAUAUUCCUUUUUUUCUUUAAUAAAAGAUAUUUAUUGAGUUAA